AUGUCCGUCGCCGCGUCCCUUCUCGCCCGCGUGUCAUGAGCUUCUCUAAAGACUCUUCACGCCCACCUCGACGGUCCUGGGAAGCUCUGACCGAUCUGGCCAUGGUAAUCUCCGCCGCUUUGGGCCCCGGGAUUGCCCGCCUCUUUUACUACCCGACCCUCAUGUACACGCUGGUGCGGGAGCAGCUGCCUGGCUCGCGACGUUCGUGGUUCAGCCGCAUCGACCGCGCGGUUGUCUUGGGGGCUCUUCCUCUGCGGGGACGCUGCCGCCAGCUGAUAGAACAAGAGAAUAUCCGAGGAGUGCUCACCAUGAAUGAAGAGUAUGAGACUCGCUUUUUAUGCUGCUCUCCAGAGGAAUGGGAGGCAAUGGGUGUAGAACAAAUGCGUCUUAGCACUGUGGACUUUACUGGAAUCCCUUCACUAGAAAAUCUCCAGAAAGGUGUCAAGUUUGUAUUGAAACAUCGUGAAUGUGGAAACAGUGUCUAUGUACACUGCAAAGCUGGACGCUGUCGCAGUGCCACCAUGGUUGCUGCUUAUUUAAUUCAGGUCCAUCACUGGACUCCUCAGGAAGCAAUUGAAGUCAUUGCUAAGAUUCGUCCUCAUAUCAUUGUCCGCCGUAAACAGUUGGAGUUAUUAGAAGAUUUUCAUAAGUCUGUAAUUGAUGAAAAUCCUGCACAAUCACAGCAGAAGCCGACAGAUACAAAACACCAACUACCAUAGAAUAAACAAAGAGAGAAAAAGUCACCGAAAGAUAUUCAGGAUUCUCUUCUGAAAACAUCUGGUUCCUAAUUUAUCGUUUAGGAGCAAAUUAUCAGUCAGUGUGUUUCUUCAGUGGUAGAAUAAGAGUUUUAAUUACUGCCUGAUUUGCAAUCAAUAGGUGAGUAUACUGUCUCUAUGUUUAAUUACUUUAGAAUAGAUGCCUAGGACUUCUUGACAAAUCUUUUCUCAGAUAUAAAAUAUUCUGAAAUCAUAGUGCUGUUGCAGUAAAGGCCUUUAUUGAGAUUUGUACCCAAAGUUCUUACAGUAUGUAUAAGUGAGGUUGACACCUAAUAAUCGGGAUGAUGAUUCAGUACAAUGAUGUCAAGGGUAAAUUUGCUAUUAAUAUCAGGUGGAAAUGUAUUAGUAACAGCAACCCCUUCUUGUCCUAGAAAACCAAGAAAUCUGAAAUAUGUAUUACUUAAAAUAAUUCUACCUCAA